AUGUCAAAUCAAUUACCAACAGCUGACACCUCUCACCAAUUCCUCUCCCUUCCCAAAGAAAAACACACUGUUCAAGGAGGAACAGCCAACUCUUCCACAACCAACAACGACAAUUCUAAAAGUGGUCGAAAUGGUCGUGGUUUCUAUCUCGUCCUUCCUUCAUGUUGUUGUUGUUUUCUAAUGAAGAAGAAAAAAUCCUAUCGAAUUUCAAUGGUCAAGUUAUUGUCAGUUUGUGGGAUUGUGGUGAGUGUGUUAUUGUUGGUUGCGUUGGUAGUGAUCUUUCCACAAACUUUCGUAUUACGUUCGCAGGUGGAUAAUUUCGUAUACAAGACGACGAAAGAUGUGUUGGUUAUUCAGCAGUUGAUUACGAGUGGGUUGCAUUUGAAGGCUUAUUUGAAUAUGAGUGAUAGGAGUAUUUUCGAUCAGGAUUCGUUUAUUGUGCAUCCGAGUGAUGGCUUGACGAAACUUUUGAAUAAUCAAAGUGCUCAUUCGAAUAAUAAUUUGGAUAAUCAUUUAGAGGCACAUCAGGAUUGGAUUGAUAGUAUGCUGAAUGAGAUUUUUAAUAUUAUUCCUGUAGAGGAUUUUGCUAAUCAUGAUUAUGAUAAAAAUGUUGUGAUUAGUGAACUAAUGGAUGCUCAUUCGAAACUGAAAAUUUUGGAGAAACAGAUUAUUGAUGUCAACUCAACUGGGACAGCUAUUGCAAUUAUUGAAGGAGAAGAAUAUGAAGGUUUAAAAGAAAUGUUUGAAAAAAAGAUUGCCAUCAUUGAAGACAUGUCAUCUUACUUGUCAGAUACUGAAGAUAAUUGGAUGGGAAUUUAUACAAUUAUCAUUUCUUCAGUGACAAUAAUUGCAUUUAUUAUUGUGCUACCUGUCAUGAUUUUCCUAUUCGUGGCAGCUCUUAAUAAGGAAGCUUUGAAUAGAGAAAGAUUAAAGAAGGCCAAAGCUGUCAUGCUUUUAGAUGUGAUGAAUGAUCCAAAAUUGAGAGAUUUAUUCAAGCAACAUUGUAAACAAGAAUUAUCAUUGGAAAAUUAUGAAGUUUUGAUUAGAACUAAUUUGUAUCGUGAAUAUUCGAGACAAAUUUGGGAAAUGCAAGAUAUUCUCUUUACAGACACUAGCUCUACAAGUGAAACAGAUGAUCAUGGAGCUGCCAAGAGUGUCACUUCUGGAAAUGACACUGAUGCCAUCUCGAGUGUGUCCUCUGGUGAUAAUCAAACGAAACAAAACUCAAUUACCAGUGGAAGUCACAGUACCACCACUCAUAAUUCUCAGAAAAAGACUCAAACUAAUCCAGCUCUUUCAUUUAAUGAUACUGAUAACAAGUCAUCACUCAAAAAGAAGAAAAAGAUUAAGAAUGUCACUGAGGAGGAGUACAAGAUUGUUUGUAAUAAGAGAUUUGAAUUGGCUAAUGAAAUUUUGGUUGACUUUUUGAGAUUGGAUGGUAAAAACUCAGUGAAUGUGAGUAAGAGAUUUGCCGAUCAAGUUGAAGCUCUUUUACAAGAAUUCACACUCUUUUCAGUUGACUCUGAUCAAUUAGUCACCAAUCCAGAUAAGAAAAUGAAUGAUCAACUUCCUGAUGAUUUAUUUGAACCUUUACAAAAUGAAAUUGCAGUUGUCAUGUUGGAUACUUUACAAAGAUUUAAACUUGGUGUUCAAUUCCAGAGAAAGAUGAAGAUUGACAAGGUUAUUAAGGAAAGAGAAAAGAAGGCAGCUAAUAAUAAUGGAAAUCAAAACGGAAAAUCAGCAAAUAAUUUGUCAAGGAAAUAA